GCGCGGUAGGGCGCAUUGACGGCGUCUGUAGGAAAGGGGCUGGAAGAGGGCAGGCGUGCUAAACAUGGAGGAAGACGAAGAGAACGACUACAUGUCAGAUUUAUUUAUUAAGCAGGAUGUGAGGCCAGGCUUACCGAUGGUGAGGCGGAUGAAGGAGGCUCUUCAGAAAGAAGAGAAGCAAAAAGAAGCCAAUGAGAAGAACCGACAGAAGAGUAUAAAAGAAGAAGAAAAAGAGAGACGUGACUUAGUGCUGAAAAGUGCUUUGGGCAAUGAGAACAAAGGCUUUGCUUUGCUCCAGAAGAUGGGCUACAAGAGUGGCCAGGCCCUUGGCAAAAGCGGAGAAGGCAUUGUUGAACCUAUUCCUCUGAAUAUAAAGACAGGCAGAAGCGGGCUUGGUCAUGAGGAAUUAAAAAAGCGAAAAGCUGAAGAAAAACUAGAAAACUAUAGACGAAAACUCCAUAUGAAAAAACAAGCAAAUGAACAAGCUGCAGAUGAUUUCAGAGUAAGAUUCAAAAACAAACAAGAAGAACGUAAGAUGGAAGGAGACCUCCGAAAAAGCCAGAGGGCCUGCCAGCAAUUAGAUAUGCAAAAAGAUAUUGAUGUUCCCAAGGAGACUUGGUAUUGGCUUAGCUCUGAAGAGGAAGACAAAAAGGAUGAGGAAGACAAGGAAGAUGAAAGCACAAGCUCAGACUUAAGUGUAUCGGAGAAGCUACAUAGCCUGACGGCCUAUCUGCGAGAAGAACACUUCUAUUGCAUUUGGUGUGGAACAACCUAUGAAGACUCUGAAGAUUUAUCUUCAAACUGCCCCGGAGACAGUGCUGCAGAUCAUGACUAA